CGGACGUGCCCUUUUGUGAACCUUCUUACGAACAUGUUCACUUUAAGCGCUUCAUUUGUGCUCUGCCUUGCAGUCGCCGCAUUUGGCUUCCCUGAGAGCCAAAUUGUCGGUGGCAGAGAUGCAUCGAGCGGACAGUUUCCCUACCAAGUGUCUCUGAGAAGGUCUGGAAGCCACUUCUGUGGUGGAUCCAUCCUCGACGCACGUACCAUCCUCACUGCAGCUCACUGUGUCCAAGGUUUGAACAACUUGGACUCCGUUAGCGUACACGCUGGAACAAAUCAACUGAACCAACAGGGACAGUCUUACAAAGUUAGUAAGAUCGUGGCGCAUAAAGGUUUUAACUCAAUCAGCCUCGUUAACGAUGUGGCUUUGAUUCUUCUGAGCAACAAUAUUGCGUUCAACAACUUGGUCCGACCAAUCGCUUUGGCAACUGGCAGCAAGACUUACGAAAGAGACUCCUGCGUUCUCUCCGGUUGGGGAACUACCAGACUUGGAGGAAACCCACCAAACAACUUGCAAUACAUUAACUUAGUCAUUGAAACUCAGGCAAAAUGCAAGCAGGCCCACAACAGAGUUCAGAGUUCUCACAUCUGCACAUUCACUAAAGUAGGAGAAGGUGCAUGCCACGGUGACUCUGGCGGUCCACUUGUCGUUAAUAACGUGCAAGUUGGUAUCGUUUCCUUUGGGCAACCCUGCGCCGUCGGGAAACCCGACGUUUACACCAGAGUGUCAUCCUUCACAUCUUGGAUCAAUUCUAACAAAGCUUAUCUUUUGAACGAAACCCAAGAACCAGAAAACGCAAUUUACAUUGUUUAAAUUCAAUUUAAUUUAUUAAUUCCAAUGUUCCCAGAAUAAAAAUUAUUAAUUAGCA